AUCAGUCUGCGGGCUCCCUGCCCCACCGCCCUGGCGACAGGGGGGUGGGGCUCGGGGUCAGGUGGGGACCAACGGCCGCGAGUGCGAGACGGAGACUGAGGUAGGGUGUGUGUGUGAGAGACAGACAGACAGACAGACAGAGUUGCCCGGCUGCCGCCGCAUCCUUCUCUAGCCACUGGCACAUUUUGAACGAGUGAACCAUGACUUCGAAGAACAAGACAGCUAACAGCCGUUCCAACUCGUCAGGAUCCAGGAAAGCCACGGGUGAGGUCCUGGAAGACUGGAGUAGUGAUGUUACGCCCUCAUGCAAGACGGGCUGCAAAGAAAAUCCUGGGAAUUAUAGACCAGUAAGCUUAACAUCUGUGGUAGAUAAACACAGCUCUCAUAAAAAUGGGAAGAAAAGUGACGGACCCUCUGGAAGUUCGUUCUUCACAUGGUUCAUGAUAAUUGCUUUAUUGGGUGUCUGGUCAUCAGUAGCUGUCGUUUGGUUUGAUUUGGUGGAUUACAAAGAGGUUUUGGGAAGGCUUGGAGUCUAUGAUGCUGAUGGAGAUGGCGAUUUUGAUGUGGAAGAUGCCAAAAUUUUACUAGGGUUGAAAAAAGUAGAAGAACCUGUUUCUGCUGAACGUUUUGGGAAGAAUGAAGAGCCAAUUCAGCCUUCUGUGUACACAGAUAUAGGAGCAGAGGCUGACAAAGAAGCAGCAGAAUCAAUGCGAGCAGAUGUGACUCCGGAGCCCCUCAAACACACACCAGAAGAGCCAGCUGAAAGAGAAGAGCCACCAAUGGAGGAAGGACCAAAUGAAUUUGCGCAGGUUGAAGAUUUUGAAGAUCCUGAAGCAGAUGAAAUUAGAGAGGAAACAGUUGAGUCUGAACCUGAAGAAGCAGACACUCCAGGGGAGUCAGAGGAUAUGGAAGAUGAAACAGUGUCUGAAGGACCGGAGAUUCUAGAGGAUUCUGGACCUGAAGUUUCAUUUGUACAAGAAGACAAAAUUGCAGAAACAUCAGAAGUGACUGAGGAAGAAGUUGAUGAUAUUGUUUUAGAUGAUGCUGAACUCAAGCCUGAAGAAGUAGUUUCUGAGCGAGAUGUUCCAGGAUUGUAUGAAUCUGAAGUUGAAGACUUCUCUGACCAGGUGGACCAGGAAGAUGGAAAUGAUGAGCUGCCAGAGAGCGAUAAGUUUACUGAAGCAGAAGUUGACCUAGAACAUGAAGAUACAGUAGAAGAGUUUUAUGCUGAAGAAACAGAAUAUGUUCCAGGAGCUGAAGACAUACAAGAGGUGUCUCCCGUACUUCAAAGUACAGAUGAAGAUAGCCAAUUAGCCUAUGGAUCUCAGAACUUGGAUGUGGAACCUGAAAUCCAAGAUGCAGUACCUCUCCCAGAGGCAGAAGAAGAGCCUAUAGGAGAAGAAGGUGAUACUAUGGAGGGCACAGAAGCACAUACAGCAGAAGAAGAUUUUGUGAAUUAUUCAGAAAUGAGCGAACCCUCAGAGCCUGACCAUCUGGAAGUAACAGGUUACCAUUAUAGAAAUCAGCAAGCAUGGAUGAAAGGUGAACAGGCUUGGUGUAAGAUGGUGUGUGAGCCACUUACGCUAUCAGAAGACAAGCUAAAGGAAGUGCCAUCAGACAAAACAUCUGACUCUGAAGUAAAGAAGGAAAAGAAAGGUCCAGCUAAAAAAAAGAAACCAAAGCUCCUGAACAAGUUUGAUAAGACGAUUAAGGCAGAACUGGAUGCUGCUGAAAAGCUGCGCAAAAAGGGUAAAUCUGAAGCAGCACUCCAGGCAUUUAAUGAAAUUCUGAAGAGCUAUCCUCACAGUCCUCGAGCUAAAUAUGGAAAAGCCCAGUCUGAAGAUGAUUUGGCAGAGAAAAUGCGAAGUAAUGAGAUACUUCAGAGAGCCAUAAAUACCUAUGGAGAAGUGGCUGACAUGCCAAAUCCACCUGCAGACCUGGUGAAGCUAGCAAUAAAACGACAAGCAAACAGACAGCAGUUUCUAGGCCACAUCAAACGCUCUGUGGUGACCUUACAGAAGUUAGCAGAUCGUUACCCAGAUGAUGUCUCGAUUAAGAACGAGCUUGGAGUAAGUUAUCUCUUAUUGGGAGAUAAUGAUAAUGCCAAGAAUGUCUAUGAAGAGGUUCUGGCCCUGGCUCCAAAUGAUGGAUUUGCUAAAGUUCACUAUGGAUUCAUCCUCAAAGCUAGAAAUCAGAUAGCUGAAAGUAUUCCAUAUCUAAAGGAAGGUUUAUUAUCCGGGGAACCAGGGACUGAUGAUGGUCGUUUUUACUUCCACUUAGGAGAUGCAAUGCAGAGAGUGGGCAAUAAAGAGGCAUACACUUGGUAUGAGCUGGGACAUAAAAGGGGUCAUUUUGCUUCAGUGUGGCAGCGUUCACUCUACAAUGUGAAUGGACUGAAGGCUCAACCUUGGUGGACAACGAAAGAAACAGGGUAUACUGAACUGGUGAAGGCUCUUGAAAGAAAUUGGAAGUUAAUCCGUGAUGAGGGUCUGGCUGUUAUGGAUAAAGAAAGAGGUUUUUUCUUGCCUGAAGAUGAAAACCUGAGGGAGAAAGGUGACUGGAGCCAGUUUACACUUUGGCAGCAAGGUCGCAGAGCUGAAAAAUCCUGUAAACAAGUCCCAAAAACAUGCGCCUUGUUUGAAAAGUUCCCUGAGUCAACAGGCUGCAAACGUGGGCAGAUUAAAUAUUCAGUUAUGCAUCCAGGGACUCAUGUCUGGCCUCACACUGGACCCACAAACUGUCGCCUAAGAAUGCAUCUUGGUCUGGUCAUUCCUAAACAAGGCUGUAAAAUCCGUUGUGCCAAUGAAACCAGAGAAUGGAAGGAGGGCAAGGUGAUCAUCUUUGACGACUCUUUUGAGCAUGAGGUUUGGCAGGAUGCGAAUAGCUACAGGCUAAUCUUUAUCGUGGAUGUGUGGCACCCAGAGCUGACACCUCAGCAACGAAGAAGUCUUUCCCCAAUCUAAUGAUGGAUUUCGGACAUAAACUAGAGAAGGCAGGUUGGGGGUUGAGCAAACAUGAAGAAAUUAUGUGCUGUAAUGAAGUGCAAUGAGUUCCAUUGAUUUGUAGUUUUCCUGAAAUUUCUGGUGCAGGAGAGUUUCCAGAGUGAGGCAUAAUGUAUUUUCCAAAAUCAGAGCAGUUGAAUAAAUCAAAAAGUCUCCUGGAAUAUUUUUAAGGGGGCAUGCUUUAUAAUUGAGUAAGUAUAUUUGACCUAUGAACUCUCCCAAAAGCUAAACACUAAAGGUCUAAGCUGAAUAAGAUCUACAGAGAAAAAUCCAAUGGAGCAGUUCUCCAAUUGUGAUCUGGAAUAAUUUCAAAAUAGUUCACCUCAAGCUAAUGAAGAAUCCUUUUGUUAGGAAAAUGGCUGGAUUGGGAAACUUCCUAACAUAUUCAAUGUGAACAGAGUCUGAUUAACUUCUAUAAGAUACAAAUUGUCACAUUUAUGUAACUGUCCUUCAGUGUUUUGUAUUUCCCUGUUACAAUCGUUCUGUUUAAAUUGAUUAUUUUUAAUCACUGAUAUUGACAAGUUACAUAAAGAUGAUUUGUACCUCACUUAAUUGCAUUUGGUCAAGUAUGUUUGCAUUGUACACAGAUUUAGUUGAAAUCAGCAUUUUCUCUUUGAUAACAAGUGAAAGUAAUUGAUUAUUAAAAACAUAUAAUUAUGCAGGUAUUAAUUUAGCAUUUAUUUUGGCCUACUGCUCAAUUUUUUUUAAUAAAGUUUAUUAAUGCCCUCAGUGGGGGAGCUGCCUUUGAGAAGUUACUAAGCCUGACAGUGAGAGCAAGAUGGAUUAACUCUCAAAGUUAAUACGACAUAAUCACUGAAGCAUUCUGAAUUAACAGAUGUAUCUGUGCUUAUAUUGAAUUCGCCCACACUGUGCUUAGUAACUCAUUCACCGACAUUCCCGCAGCUGUAUCAGUAGCACUCAGUUCAAAUAAAAAAUUAAAAUUCCCAAAUUGUAUAAGUUGUUGUAGAGUAAGUAUCUGACCAUCAGUGUUGCUUAUGAAAUUAUAAAAACAAAUCCUCUUGAAUUCAGAAUUGCCGAUAUUAGUUUUGUGUAAAGAACCUAGAGUACACUCUUGCAAAGUGCUCAUUACUGCACAUGCCAAUGUUGAACUUUUUUUAAUGUGACAAAAAUGAACAAAUGCCAAAGUGGAGAGGCACAGUCAUCCAGUAGACAGCUGACACAUCUGUACAAAGCAUCAAAAAGCAGAUGGCUUGUGAUACAUCUACAAUAAAGUGACCAUAUGUUUUUAUCUAUAAAUUUAUUAUACUAAGUGCAAAUGACAGACUUCACUUUGAAGGAGCAAAGCACCGAAAGCUGACUUCACCACAUAACCGAGAUAUUUCUGUCUCAAAGCAAUCGCAGGCACAGUCAGAUCCCUGCAGAGAGAUGGGGAUUGCAACCUGGAGAAAAUGUAAUUUACACUCUCAUAGUGAUAGGCCUUAGCAAACUGUCUAAGGAGCAUCAUGUUGGGUACAGAAAAAGAAUGGAAAAUAGGUUUUAUUCCAACAAAAAUAUGUAUUGUGAUUUUAAAUAUAUCACAUUCUGCAGCAUAUAAUUCUGUUAGACUGCUGGUUUGGAAACUAUCCAAAGGAAUUGGAUUAGCUGUACGGUACAGAGGGGAAGAGCCUUUUAUUUCAGUUCAGCCUUAAUCUAUCUCACACAUACCAAAGCUCUUCAGUAAUGCAAAUGUAAUUGAAUAUUCCUUGACAUCCAUAUACUAUAGCAAUGUAAACUAAAUUUACUCAUUUCUGAAUUCAGGAAGUUCAAAGUAUUGACUAAAGCUGCACAGUGCCUAGCAUGUCAGUAACCAUGGACAAGAUCACUCAGUUCAGAAGAAAAAGGAACAAAUAAAAUCUGGAAGUAAGAUUCAGUGAGAUUUAAAGUUAACCCCCCCCCUUUAUUUUAGCAAUGUAUUUUUACUUGUUACAGAAGUAAAAUACCAAAGACUUCAUGUAACAUAAAUAAAAAUACGACAAUUAGCUUCAAAGAUAUUGCAACAUUUUGUAAGUUGUUGAUUUAAUAUUCAAAACUGAUACUUCCCUCAUCUCCCAGCUAUGAAACACUGUACAUGCAUGCUUGAAAAGACUCCAAGCAGUGUAGUUAGCAUAAGAUGCAUCAUUUUAGUGAGAGUUAUUAAUAGGAACGUUUCUCUGUGAUCCUCAGCCUUCAAAUAAAUUUGAAUUUACUCUAUGCUCAUAGAGACCUGACUUCAAUUUGAAAUGAGUUUCAUACUAGCUUAUACUUUUUUUAAGUGCAGUUUCAAUCCACUUCUAUUUGAAUGACUACUUGCAAUAGGAUAAGUGACUGUAUUCUGUUCCACUGGCAGAGAAUAGAUAGAUUGCAUUUUAUUUUGAUAUUUUGUAGAAUAGGUUGUUUUCUGUUGAUAUCAAAUUUGUCGUGCUAUAGUGAGUGAUUACCAGUUAAGGCACUACAAUUUCUUUCAUAUUCUACCAUUGACUUUGAGAUUUUAAUUCUAAAAUUACUACUACUGUAUAUCACUGAAGAAAAUGAAUUGUUUGAGCAUUGUGGGCAAGUGUCCAACACAUUGGUACAUGUUGAUUGUUACUUUACUGUUGUGGUUUUCUUGAGAAAGGACAAUGAUGUUUUUUUUAAAUUGCAUGUACUUUUGCAUAUAUGGAACCUUGUAAUCCAUCUUCUGCAAAUUUUUUUUUAUAUAAAUGGGUCUCAUUCAAAUCUUUCACAGCUAUCUGUUGAGUUACACAAAGUUCAUCUUAAUUUUCUAUUUUAUAUACACAUUAGCACUGGCGUAAAUGCAAUAACAUGCUUUUUUUUGUCUAUAAACCUGAACAAAAUGGAACUACCACUAUGAUUGUAGGAUUUCAAUAUGUAUUUCUGACUGUAAAUAGUUAUUUUUGAAAUGAGAGUUUUUAAUUAUACAUUAGGUUUCUAUUUGGCUCUUGGAUCAAGAACCGUCUUCUGUUUAAUUACAGGUAAAAAUGUUGGGAUGGAAUAAAAUGUUGGAAUCAAUUAUCUGUAAGUUAUUAAUAAACACAAACACUUUGUAAAAUGGUGUAAAAGUCACUGACCUUGAUUUUCUCAAAAUAAAACAUGAAAGAACG